AGACCCCGUAACGAGAGGAGUAGAGACCAGAGAAGACUCGGCCUCUACUUAUCAAGUAGCAUAAGCUGCCAUAUGUUGUCUAAUGGUAUAGAAGACCCAUUCUCAUUGAAAAGCAAGUCUAGGAUGCAGGUGAUGUGGUCUAUGUGCCCUAUUUAUAUGCUUUCCGUUUUAGUUAAAUUUUUACGUCUUUCAGUUUUGUACACCAAGCUUCAAAUGGCUAAAAAUACAAGAUUUUUGGUUAUGGAAAAUAUAUUUUACAGCGGUUAAAAUGGUACAGUGAUACUAUACUUGCUUGUUUUAUUACUGAAACUGAAAUAAGGUGCGAUUUCUGCGUAGUGCAUCUUUAUUAACACUUAUCAUGAGCGCUGAGACGUACCAAGGAUGGUUGGAAGUGGCCCGAGACUUUUUCUUAUUUUUUUUUCUUCACAUGACUAACAAUCUAUUGACACAUUUACCCACUGAUAAUAAGUCAAUUGUUUGUGAGAUGAAAGUGUUUUGGACAUAACUCAAAUGUGUGACCGGUGCUUUUACUUUAAAGGAAACAGUUCUGAACAGUUUUGCUGCAGAUCUUGAUUUCUUUGAAUGCAGUUUGUCUAUUUUGCUUAACGUUUAAUGCAAUAUGAAUUCAAGAUAAGUGUAUCAUGAGUAAAUAAAGUUGAAACAACCAGGUAUCUCCGUACUCCUACGGCCAUAACCAUGGACCCUCACACUCCCACCGUCAUGUCCGAGACUGCCAGCCCGUUGUCCAUGGCAACGUCGCCCACCAGCAACCACACUGGGGUGCCCGCGGCUGAGUCCAAAGUCUUCAUCUCUGACGUCCCUGGCACAACCCGAUGGGUCACAGGUCACAUCGCAGUGGUCCACGACCCACUGAGGACGGUGUCUGUGCUGGAGCCGGGGGGUGCAGGGUGAACCAGUGGGAGGCGGUGGAGGAAACGGCUAACGCCGCCAGGUGUCUCUAUGCCCAGAAUGGAGGGUUCUUUUGUACUAGGACUGGGGAGUGUUUGGGGAAUGUUGUCAGUGACGGGGUGCAAGUGAGGGACAGCCGAGGGGAGCAGAAUGCCCAGUUUGGCAUCAGGAGGGACGGUACACUGUUUUUUGGGUAAGAGCUACCGGUCUUGUAAAAUGUCCUUCUCAAUCUCUCUCUACUCAAUUUGAGCUCCAUUUGUGGUUGUAAUAGCUAACAUAAAUUUGCACUUCAUGACUUUUUCUAGACAAAUGCUGUCAAGGCUUGUAGUUGAGUUUGUGGAACAUUGAUCCUGUUAUCAUAAAAUAUGAAGUUCUUUUGUUUAUAACCCUAUCGCGUAAUAUGACGUCUACUUUGGAACAUAACCAAUUAGAUUAGGACAGGACUCCCUGUUCCCUGGAGAAGUGUUGUGUUGACCUGUCAGUCAUUCUGUGUAGAGUAAUGGCUCUAACUUGGAAUGUUCUUGUUACCCAGAUAAGGGUGUUUACGUUCAUGCACGUUUGAUGGGAAAAAUAAGAGCAGUGAAAAAAGCAGUGGUCCCUGAACCAAUAAAACCAGCCACCUGGAACAGACGGCUGCUUGGUUGUUGUGGCGUGGCUGAUGUAAUAUUGUAUGGGCAGACUCACCAAAGCAUUCAAUGUGUCCAAUGUGCCCCCACAUCUCAUCCCCCCACCCCCCAUAGAUUUUUCAUAGACCAGAGCCUGAGGGCUGUCAACACUAGGAUAUUUAACUGUCACAAACUGAAGUAUAAACAUUUCUUGUGGAAGCCAACAAAGCUAGCCAGGUGAAAAAAUAAAUACAUUUUAUUUAACUAGGCAAGUCAGUUAAGAACAAACUCUUACUUUCAAUGACAGCCUAGGAACAGUGGGCUAACUGCCUGUUCAGGGGCAGAACAACAGAUUUGUACCUUGUCAGCUCAGGGAUUUGAACUUGCAAUCUUUCGAUUACUAGUCCAACACUCUAAACACUAGGCUACCCUGAUGUGUACAGAGAUUUAGGAUGCACUUGAGCUUUUGGCUGCCUUUUAGAAAUGUUUUAUCUCACUAGAUUGCUGAAUGUACCCUUUUUAACAUGAGUAUCGAAGUAUGUGAUCUCAUGAGCACCUUGUUCCACAGUUGGUUAUUCCUUUCUUGAGAUGGCACUGGAUGAUGUUAUUUACUUUUUCCUCAUUUUUGUCUCUGAUUUUCCCUCUUUACAUCCCUGUUUCUCUACUUCUUUUCCUCAAGUUAUCGCUCUGAUGAGGCCAACCCCAUUGUGCAGUUAGUCAGUGGGGUGGUGUGGCUGCUCCGAGACAGCCAGGUCUACAUUAACCAGAGCAUAGAUGCUGAGUGUGCAAGGAGACAGGUCGCUACUGAAGGAUACUGAGGAUGUCUUCAAUUUAGCCAUACUUACUUAAAAUGCUAGAGGUAUGUAGUUAGUUAGUAUUGACAUCUUUUAAUAUUACUUUAGGUAAAGUCUCCCAUUAAGUGCAGAUCUAGCAUCGGCUUCCUCAACCAUUAGAUUAGGAAGUAAAAAGCAGGACUGGCCUUACGUCAGCACUUAGCGGUAACUUUGUCCUAGACUUGAUGUAGAAAUCUGUUUUUGGCUUCACAUCACUCAUAUAACAUGGCCAUUUAAAACAGAGUUGUCAUAAUACACAAUAAAAAAUACAUUUAGAAAUAUGAAGAGACAUUUCCUGUGGCACAAUUCACUAAUGCGUAUGGUGAAACACUGUUUGCCCAUUCUGGCUAAGUAAAAAAAACAAUGAUGUAUUCUAUCAAAUUCAGCCAGAAUGCUUCAAUUACAUUUUCAUGCAUUUGAUUCCACAAGGAAUUUCCACCAUUUUGUGAACAUGAUGUCAGCCACAAUGAUCCUGUCUUUUAUUUAACUAGGCAAGUCAGUUAAGAACAAAUUCUUAUUUUCAAUGACGGCCUAGGUAAUUCUGGUAAUUCUGCCUGUUCAGGGAUUUGUACCUUGUCAGCUCAGGGAUUUGAACUUGCAACCUUCUGGUUACUAGUCCAACGCUCUAACCACUAGACUACCCUGCCUGUUCCACAUAGAGGGACAGAGGGACUGCAGAGGGUAAAAAUGUAAAAGAGAUGGGGGGAGAAAAAGAUAAAAAGGGUGGAAAUAAUACCGGUGUAACUGGUUGAGGGUGAAGUGGAAAGAGGAUUGUGGGAGACAAAGGGAAUACAGUGGGAGGGAGAGAAAAUGCGUGGUCAAAGUGAAACAAUGCAGGUUUGAUAGGAGACAGAAGUGGGGUCAUUUAGGCAUAUGAAAGGAGAUUGGGCUAAGUAAUAAGGCUCUGAUCAAUUCUAUUGAUCUGGCUUUCUCUGCACCGGUGCAAUGAACAAAUGACCUCAUUGACCUAGAGAUUCACGAGUUUGUUAAAGAAAUGGCUUUGAAAAGACCACAAGGGGACAUGUCUGUUCAUGUCCAUGGCCUCUCCACUCAAUAUCAGGCCAUAUAAAGUCAAUAAAUCGUAUCUAGUCAGCACAGUCUCUCGGUGCAUAUCAGACCACUGACCUUCUCCAAUGAAUUUACCUUAUUUUUCACACAAUCGACAUUGCUUCAGAAAUCCUUAUGGAUUUUUUUUGCAUUAAAUGCAUGCACCUUUCUCCUAUAUGGCCUUAUGGUACUGUACUACUAGUGGUGUUGUACCAACUGUUCAUUCCUAUCUAGCAUGACUCUUUGGGAGUUGGCACAUUUUCUGAAAGGUCAGGGGGUCAUCAACGCCAUCAACCUGGAUGGGGGUGGUUCCUCCACUUACGUGGCAAAUGGCUCAUUGACCAGCUACCCCUCAGACCACUGUGUCUCAGACCCCAUGUGGUGCUGCCCUCGGCGGGUCUCCACCAUCCUGUGUGUCCACCAUCCUGUGUGUCCACCAUCCUGUGUGUCCGCCAGCCCCAGUGCCAGCCUGAGGACUGCAGCGGUCACAGGAUGUACAUCGAUGGGCACUGCCAAUGCCAGGAGGGCUGGAAUGGGACUGGCUGUGACAACCUGGUGUGCCAACCGCCCGCCUGCGGUGCCCACGGUGCCCACGGUGUCUGUACACAGGAUGGCUGUGCGUGUGAUGCUGGAUGGAGAGGGGCGAACUGCGGCCAAGAAUGUCCGUUUUGGAUAGCCUACACGGCUGGGGAAAUGUUAGCCAAAUUGAGACCCAUUUUCACCCUAAUGGAAUACUGGGCCAGCAAUCCAGCACAUUUUACAUCGGACGUAGAGUUACGACCCAUUUACAACCAACUGGUGCAACCAGCCCCAGGAGGUCCUUUGUCCGAAGUGUCCUUAAUCUGGUUUAUGUAUGGGGGUUGGUGUACCAUUGGAUCAGGCCCCUUUUCCCAAUUUGCACCGCUUGAGGGAAGGGGUGCUUUGUUGUACCCCUCACCGGGUGACCGACACUCUGUAUUGAGUGCAUUGUCAUCUUUUUGUCCCCUCUUCCUUUGUCUGGAUCCUUUUUGUUUGUGAAGCUAAUGGCCCAUUCUGUCCCGAUAGAGGAGACAUACAUACAUCUCAUUUUUGUGAUUGCAAAAAAAAACUUGGUGUAAUGUUACAAUAAUGAAACAUAUAGAUUUUAUGUUUCCUUUUCGGGAGGGGGGCGAGAUGUUAUUGCUUUGUAACAUGGUCCCACACUCCUAAAUGUACUUUUUUUGGGUCAAUUCUAAUGCAUGGGUGCUGAAUAGUGUUUUGGUACUUUUGAUAAUGUCACCUUCACAUUAUUAGAGCAUUUGACUGUCACUGGGCUACAGGGCGAUGUUUUAUUGAGCGAAGGAAUUAAUAUUAUAGGAUGGCUUCAUUUACCCUUUAUGGACAGUUAUAUAACAGGGUUAUAACGCAUAUUAUAAUAUUUCUAAUUUCUAGCCUGCUAUCCAUAAAGCUUGAUAAAUUAAGCCGGGAAAUAGUAAAAAUACAUUAGGAAACAUAUGGGCUCUAUUUUACCCAUCACAGGAAAUAAGGGUGCUUUGUCAAAUAUGUUGACAAGUUUGAAGAAAGACUUUAAAAAUCAAUCCCAAAAACUUGUGUGCUGGGUUUAGCCCAGUCUUGUCUUUCUCUGGGGUGGUCACGUGCGUUGGUGACUGUUUGUCAGAGUCAACGGCAGUGUAUGAUUGGCUUACAGAUUUAAUACAGGGCCCUCCCAUAGGCUGUUGAAAACUACGUCUCUCGGAUCAGCUGUUAGUGCGCCUUAACAAUAACAAAGGGAACAGUUGGGACCUCGGAAAGGCUCGGACAAAGUAACGAACUGUGUAGCUCCGAAUACAAAGGUCCAUGUACUUAAUUUCUUCUGCGAAGAAAACUUUUUUUAUAUAUAUUUUCUAAAAGAUACAAUCUACCUCAAAGUCUUAAGGAUUUAAUCACUAAAUAUCCGUCCUUUGCUGUUCACAUCUUUUCUUGCCGCAGGUGAGUUUUUUGGGGGUCUCUUUGUUGUCUGUUUUUCAAAGAACACGCAGUAAUCUUUUGCAAUUCAAUUGUAGGCCAUUGUUGACAUGACAUUAUUUUCACAAGAACGGUUUAGCACAAACUCAGCCUAUUUUCACUGUUUUUAUGCACCAACAAUGUUUUGUGUAGCAAGAAUAAGAUUCUCGGCCUAUUUUUGCCAAAUAAGAGGCAGACGGCAGUCUGCUGAAAAUGUAUUAUCAUGGCAAGGUCUAUAUGUCUCCCGAUCUAUUGAAGGAGGUGCUAUUUAUAUGCACAAAACAGAAUUGUACUUUGCUGGCAGAAUAAGAUUGUAAGAGCUGCGACCCGCCCAAGUGGUGUAGGGUUACGUUCUACACCCUCUGCUUGUAUGCUAGUCAACAAACCAUCCUGCAAUCAGACAGCCUACCACGAUUUGAAGUUGUUAAUGAACCUAAAAUGUGCCGUUUUUUUUGUUUUGAUGUAAUAACUUAACAUUUAUUUAUAUUUUCACUGAUUUAUUUGUUUUAUUACAGAACCAAUAUCAUGCAUUUUGAUCUGGGUUGAAACCCCAUGGAGAAUAUCCAUAUGACGUAAUCGUUACGGUACUAACGUUCUCUGUUCCAAGGUGUCGACGACAGGCCUCCAACCAACCAUCCAAACGCAUACGACAAGAAAGUCCUUUGUAAUUUUGCACACGUCGAGGUGAGCUAUGACCAGACUUUGCACGGCUCCCCUCAGAUGAUAGACAUCCGUACCUUAUUGAAGCACUUUAGCACCUGCAGCUGAUGACCAAAGUGCCUGUUCCCCACCCUCACCCCGGUCCUCGCACCACUCAGCCCCCCCUUGGUCCUGCCGUACCCCCCCAAGGAGUCCCAGUAUGUUCCAGAGGCUCACCAGCGUCCUGUUUGGGGACGAUGUGGAGGAGGUGAGUGGGGGAGGCCCUGGAGAACAGGGCUUUGGCCAGAAGGAGGAGGAUGAAGAGUGGAUCCUGGUGGACUAUCUGGCCGAGGCCUGCUCCAGCCCCUGUGGUGACGGCCUGUCUGAGGUGGAACUGACUUCGGAGGAGGAGGGGGACCUUGUGGUAGUCCCUUCUCCCAUCGCCAGCUCCCCCAUCCGCUAUGCCUCCUGCACCUCCCUGGACUCCACCGCCGACACCGAGGAUGGGGGUCCCGAGGAGGAAGAGGGGGGUUUCCAGCGCCUGGAGGCCUGUUCUCUAGAGGAGAGCUGGUUCGUUACUCCCCCACCCUGCUUCAGCGGGGGGAGGAGGGGCAAGCCUAUGGUACUGGAGACCAGCCCCCUGGAGAACCUGCUGAUAGAACACCCCAGCAUGUCUGUGUACACCACCCACUGUCCCCCACGACUCAACCUCCCCCUCUCCCUCAACCUCAAUCUCUGCCUCCCCCCCGUUGACACACCUGUCGCUGUGGGCAUGGAACCAGGACGACGGUCGCUUGACACCCCCUGCCACAGGCCAGAGACGGUAGUGCAGUGCAGAGCCGGCCUCCAUGCUGGCUGCUAUGCGGCUGCCGUCCCAGGCCUCCUAGACCAGGCACAGCAGCAUGGACGACUGGCCCAAAGGGUACGUGGCGCCGCCCAGCACCAGCUCCUCUCCCGCAAUGCCCUGCGCCGCCUCAACCUGCUGCGUACUGGAGGGGCCAAGCAGGUCAAGACCACCACCACCUAUCUACACCAGCCUGGCCAGAGGCAUCUCAACUACUGAGGUCCUGGCCCUAUCCCUUACCCUCCAACCAUCAAUUCAUCCAUCUGUCUCAAGCUGGAUCCACGAAAAGAGUUCAUCCUGCAACAUGCUCUCCAUCUUCCCUCCAUCCACCGAUCCUCCACUCUGGAAUGAAGAGACGUGAUGAGGACUCCUUUAGAAUCAAUGCCAUAGGUCACUUUACUCCGCCGCAGGUCCCCACCACCACAUGGUAACUGGGAGAGUCUGGUUCAAUCAGAUAUUACACCUGUGGCGACACUCUCCGCUUUCACCCACUCUGCAAUGGUUGUGUGGUGUCAUAGUGUGGCUGUAUAUGCUGCCAUAGAAUGGUUGUGUGAUGUCAUUGAUUGAUAUCAUGGAGUUGCUUGUAUGCUGUCGUAGUGACAUUGUAAGUGAUGUCAUUGAGUUGUUGUAUGCUGUCAUAGAGUGGUUGUGUGCUAUCAGAAGAGGGUGUGUGGCUUAAUAGAAUGACUGUGAUGUCUUUAGAGUAGGAGUAGGCAUUUAGAAAAGGAGCAUGUCUUUCACCUGUAAUUAGGACAGUUUAACAAGGUUGUUUCUCAUGCCCCUCCAAUGAAAUUGCUUCCUCUCUCACUUCAUGGCAAACUAAUGUAAUUUGUCAUUCUGAUGGCCACAACUUACUUUUCCAAAUCCUCACCUCCCCUCUCUUGACUAUGGGUGAACCUGCCUUGAACUUAGUAAUUCAGUACUUUCACAAUAUUGUUUGAGAAAAUGAUGGUCAAAUACUGGGUUAAAUAUCACUAAACGCCUUGUUAUAAUAGUAGAAUUUAAGAUAAAAAUAAAUAAAUGUAAAAUGUAUUUAAAAAAAAUUCCAUAAUAUUUUUUAAAAGAAAAAAAACGUAUAUUACAUAUCAGUAUGAAGUUAGUAUGAGUGUUUAUCUACAUAGGUAUGUUUGUAAGCAGCGGUUUGACUAUGUUAGUGUGUGAUUUGUUGCAUGGUUGUAUAGCGCUAGUCUCCAGAUGUUGAGAAAACAGAAGAAAAAAACUGUUUUUGUAUCUUCUCAUAUUGUUUGUUCUAAAUCUGCAGUCCACUUCUCAGGGUCAUAGCCAAUCACCUUUACACUUUACUAAAAUGCAGAUUACUUGACGGAUGUUAAUUGUCUUUGUACAUACUGGAGACCUUCCAAAUUUGUCAUAGUGUGCUUUGCCUUGUGGUAAUGUUUGUGAUCAAUGAUUGACCUUUUAAAAGAAUUGUGUGCGUCUCGAUAAAAUUGAAUUUGAACGUUUGCUUGUCCAAGGACUGUGAAAAUGAACUCCUACUCUCUCAAUCGACUGUUAUAACCCACCAAGAUGGAGUGAAAACAUUAGUCUUUUUUCAUUUUAGUUUGUAUUUUUUUUCUGUGUACUUUCCAUUGUUUUGAGUUAGAUUUUUGACCUGUUCUUUAUUUGCUUAGUUACAUAACUUAGUAAUAUUAUGUUAAAAUGUCAACCAAAAAAGUAGCAGCAAACUCUAACCUUGCAAUAGUUUAUAUUACUAUUGUUUUUGCUUUUACAGUAUAUUAUUCUUUACUUUAACAAUGUUUGCAAAUUGGAGACUUUUGUGUUCUGAAAUGGUCAAGUUUGUGACAACAUGAAUCUGUGCACUGUAGUGGUAAGAAAGCACAGAGACAACUCAAACACCCAAAUAGCCUAUUUUAGUUUCACAGAACCUCUAAAAGUCAAGUAUCCAGGGCAAACUCAAUCAUUUACAUGACCUAAUAUUACGAUAACCUGAUAUUAUGACCUAAUAUCACCUGUUUCUUUGUACUUAUUGGGGGAAAUACACAGUACAUACAUACUCAGAUGUAUUUAGCAUGGUAGCAUUAAGAAGCAGUAAGGUGGUUUUGUCUCUAUCGUUGUAAACUGAUUUAUAGUGAAGUGAUUUAAGCCUAGCCAUUGUAUUUGUGUCUUUAUUUUUUUUUCAAAUUUCUCCGAUUGCAAAUCAUUUGACGUGUCAAUUUUUGUGCUGCAUUGUUGUGACACGGGCAACAGGACGAAGGGAAUGGAGGAGAUGGCUAAGUCCUCAUUUUUGAUGUGUGAAGCUGGAAGGAGCCAUUUUGUUUUGUCCUCGGCUGUCUGUCUGAGCUCUUUGAUAAUAACAGGGAUUUGUAUUUUGUUUUAUGCCUUGAAUUUGUUGUGGAUCACGUGCCUUCCAGGUUAAACAGUAUAAUGACAAUGCAUUAAUGAAGAACUUGAACUGUUGUCCAAAGGGACAACACAUACAAAAGAAAAUCAGCUAUGCACACAGGAGGUAGCUUCUCUUCGUGAACCACCCAGCCCAUGUACAGCUUUUAUACACAAAUGUAGCAAACCCGUUUUCUCCUGUGGGAAGAAAAUUUGGUGGCAUUUUUUUUUACUACGUGUUAGACUUCUGCUUUGGUUUAGUUUACUGGAAUAAUACAGCACUUUGCCAAAAAAAAGUGUAGGAAUUUGAGCGUUAACUGUUAUUUAUCUACUUAACUGAUUGCAUUAUUUGUAUUUUGGACGUAUGAGAGAUCAAUUCACUCUGUUUUUAUGGUCAGCAAAAUUUGCAAAUGAGAAUGUGGUAGUCUGUUCUAAAACUGUAAUACAUGCUCUGUUGUCAUGAUGUAAGCCACAGUCUACAAUAAAUGUUUUCAUACACAUAC